AUGCUGGAUGGAAUAUUCUACGAUCUGGGUGAGCGUGUGACUGAAAGGAUCAACGAGCUCAGUAUGACACACGACUACGUGUCUGGAGUUCACUACGCGUUGGUUGAAGGAGGAGGCAACGUGGAGGACCAGUUGGCAGAGCUGACUGACGCGCCUGGUGGACACGAAGGAGGUGAGAGUGAAAAUCCAGAGGAUGACAUGGAGGUGGAAACUACCCGUGAAAGAAGUCAGUAUGGACCUUCAAUUUCAGAGAUGUAUGAGGCCUUGAAGCAAGAGCAAAGACUAUGCCUCAUAGAUGGAGACAUCGGAGAUUCAGCGACCAUUCAGAACAUUGAUGUUUGGGAUUCUGCAGGUCACCCAAACUGGCUUGACAGCUGA